CUCUUCCACACACUCGCCCUCUUCUUCUUCGUCUUCUCGCCGGAAACCCAACCCCUUCCCGGCGAGCUCACUCAAGUCACUAAAAGCCUAUCUUCUCUCAUAUCCAAAACCCAAAUUCUCUCUCUAACAAUGACAUCGAUUCCGUUUCUCUCUCUCAAGCCACCCCUCAUACCCCACCCAAGCACCUCCAAACCAAUUCUCUUCCUCUCCAAUUCAACUUCCACUUCAUACCCAAACUUCAAGUCUCUUUCUUUUAGUCUCAAGAGGCCUAUUUUCGCUCCAAAUGCCAAACGUUCGAAGAGUUCUAAUGGCGGGUCAUUAUCGUCGCUGAUGUGCUCAACUUCGUCGCCGUUUAUUGGUAAAGUGGGAUUGCACAGAAGAGAAGGUAACUUUACGUUCUUGUCCUUUGGCGUAAACCCUAAUGGCGUAUCGCAAGAAGUCACUGUGAAGACUGAUUCCUCGCAAAUUUUGUCGGCAAUGCUUCCGUUUGUUGUCGCUCUUACUGCAAUUGCCGCUCUUUCUCAGCCUUCAACCUUCACUUGGGUGUCCAAGGAACUGUAUGCUCCUGCUCUGGGAGGAAUCAUGUUGUCGAUCGGAAUUAGACUGUCAAUUGAUGAUUUUGCUCUUGCUUUUAAAAGACCUUUACCACUGUCUGUUGGGUUUAUUGGGCAAUACGUGCUUAAGCCAGUACUUGGGGUGCUAGUGGCACAGGCAUUCGGGAUGUCUCCGAUGUUCUACGCUGGCUUUGUCCUCAUGUCUUGUGUUGCAGGUGCUCAGCUAUCUAGCUAUGCCAGCUUCUUGAGCAAAGGAGAUGUGGCCUUGAGCAUUCUCUUGACCAGCUCGACCACCAUUGCAUCGGUCCUCAUGACUCCCCUCUUAACUGGCCUUCUCAUUGGCUCUGUUGUUCCAGUUGAUGCAGUUGCCAUGUCAAAGUCUAUUUUGCAGGUGGUUCUUGUUCCAAUCACGCUUGGCCUAGUACUCAAUACUUAUGCAAAACCAGUUGUAGCUUUUCUUCAACCUGUGAUGCCAUUCGUAGCAAUGAUUUGUACUUCAUUGUGCAUCGGAAGCCCUCUUGCAAUUAAUCGGAGCCAAAUUCUUUCCACAGAGGGUCUGAGAUUGGUUGGGCCUGUAUUGACAUUUCAUGCAGUUGCAUUCACCUUGGGUUAUUGGAUCUCCAAACUGCCAGUUCUGAGGCAAGAAGAAGAAGUGUGUAGGACAAUUUCAUUGUGCACAGGAAUGCAAAGUUCCACUCUGGCAGGGCUUCUGGCAACCCAAUUCCUUGGAAUCAGCCAGGCGGUUCCCCCAGCAUGCUCGGUUGUUGCCAUGGCCAUCAUGGGCUUAUGUUUAGCCUCUUUCUGGGGCGGUGGAUAUCGAAUCAGGGACCUUCCAUCUCUUCUAAUGCAGCAAACUGGCUCGACAGUGGGAGCUUAACGAAGCAGCAUUAAUUGCGUCUUUGGGGACAGCGACUUGGCUUACUUAACAUAUACCAGUGUAGUGCAAUAGUUACAGGUGCACAAAAGUAUAGUUUAUAUACAAUAGAAGAGUAAGAUCAUAUAUUCAUGAACCAGGUCCAAGAGGGUACAUAUAGAAGGUCGCAGGAGAUGAAAAUGCAAAGGGGGAACAUUGGUCCGUCUUUUGGAAUGGUUACUUGUACAGUUCCUCGAGUAUUUUGUAUCAGCUGCGCCUGUUAAACACGAAUGUAAAGUACUGAAAUAUAGGAGGUGGUAUUUUUUUUUUUUUUUUGUGACCGAAGUGUUUGUACUUACCUAGGAAGUACAGAUACGGAUACGUGACAUAAGUACGAUACGAU